GGCAAUCCAGGAUGAUUUACAAAGUCGGAGAAUGGUACUUUGCUCAUCUAGGUGGUCAGAAGCAAAUUCUUUUCAUAACUGACGAUGAACAUACCAGAAAUGAAUAUUGUAGUUUAUCCAAUCAGGUGGUAGUUCUCUCUCUCCAGGAGUAUAUAGAAAAGUAUAUUCCAAACCCUGGAGAAGUUCUUCUCAUGUACCGAAGUCUCAACACUACCGAAGAUGAGAGGGUUGAGGGACGGGAGAAGGAAUACACUGAACACUUAAAACCAGAGGUUCUAGAGGCUGGAAUAAAAGCAGGAAAAUACAUUGUUGGAACUCUGAAUGUAAAUAAACAUUUGAGUUCCAGAGAAGCAUUUGUUCCCCGGAUAGGAGAGAAGAACAAGGGGACCGGGGAUAUCCUCAUUUCCGGUAUGCGAGAUAGGAAUAGAGCAAUACAGGGGGACAGGGUUGUUGUUGAGUUAGCACCUAAAAGUGAAUGGAAGGCUAGAGCAACUGCGUUAAUUAAGGAUGAGGAGGAAAAAGAUGAGGGUAGAUCCUGGUCUAAAGGAGCAGAUGUGAUGCCAACAGGACGAGUUCUAGGUAUCCUGGAGAGAAACUGGAGAGAGUAUAUUGCAACCCUACCCUCAGACGAAAAUGCGGGAAUGGAAAGGGCAACUGGCCGACGAGUCCUUGUCUGCCCCUUUGACCGGAGGAUUCCUAAAAUUCGGAUUCAGACUACACAGCUCAGUAAACUUCAGGGCACCAGGGUACUGGUGAGGAUAGAUAACUGGCAGGUCAACUCUCAGUACCCUCAGGGGCAUCUUGUCAAAUGCCUGGGAAAGAUCGGAGAUCUAGAGACAGAGAUUGAUUCUAUCCUAGUAGAGAACAGUAUAGAAGUUACUCCGUUUUCAGAUGGAAUACUCAAGGAGCUUCCUAGCCUAGAGAGUGCUGCGGACUGGAAACCUGAUCCUGCCGAGGUGACCGCUAGAAGGGAUCUCAGGGACACUUUGGUUAUGUCCAUAGAUCCUCGAGGCUGUGAGGAUGUUGAUGACACUAUUUCCAUAAAACAUCUUGAGAAUGGAAAUGUUGAGAUUGGAGUUCAUAUUGCUGAUGUUACACAUUUUGUUGAGUUUAAUUCUUUAACCGAUAUGGAGGCAAGGAAGAGAGCAACUACAGUAUACCUAGCAGAUAGGAGGUAUGAUAUGUUACCUAGUGUUCUCUCUGCAAACCUGUGUUCCCUGUUAGGGAAUGUAGAGAGGUAUGCUGUGUCUGUGAUCUGGGAGAUACAUCCCACCAAUUUCAAGGUGCGGAAGGUUUGGUAUGGUAGAACCCUAAUCCGCUCCAGCUACAAACUCUGCUAUGAAGAUGCUCAAGAUGUGAUCAAUGGUAAAUCCAAGGAGGAAAUGCAAAGUAGAAUACAGGAGUUGAAGUCACUGCAAGGAGUUCAACUUGAACAAAAAUACAAUCAUCUGAAGGAUAAUCUAGUUCUUCUGAGUAAAAUAGCUUCUAGAUGGGAAUCUUCAAGACAGGAGAAAGGAGCAUUAAACCUUGAGUCUUCAGAGGUUCAGUUUGAGUUUCAGGAGAGUUCCUUGGAAAGUAUUAAGCCUAAGGAGCAUCUAGAGAUUCAUGAAACAGUUGCCGAAUGUAUGAUAAUGGCAAAUCACUGGGUUGCCAGGAAAAUUGCUGACGUUUUCCCAGCCUUCUCUCUUCUUAGGCUUCAUCCACCUCCAAAGAAGGAGAACUUUGAUGAGUUGAAGAAGUGUGCUGGAAGUAGAGGUUGGACCAUUAGCACAGAAAGUAAUAAACUUCUUGCGAGCAGUCUUGCUUCCUGUGUUGAUCAGGAAGACCCUUCAGUUAACUUUCUGCUUAAAAGUUUAGCCACAUAUGCCAUGGUGCAGGCAGAAUACUUCUCUACAGGAAGUGUACCCCAAGAGGAUUGGAGUCAUUAUGGUCUAGCUCUGGACAAGUAUACUCAUUUCACUUCACCAAUUCGAAGGUAUGCUGAUGUUAUUGUGCAUCGACUGCUGUUAGCGGCGUUGGAGAAGUCAGAUUGGUGGAAGGGAGGAGAGACCUCGUCAAUACUUUUCAACAACUCAGAGCUCAAGGAUCUCUGCCAGCAUAUUAACGGACGAAAUAGAUCUGCUCAAUUAGCGCAGAGGAUGAGUGCUCAGCUGUUCCAAACAUUAUACUUCAAGGGUUUACCACUUUCAGAUCCACGUUGCAUUGUGGAUGCUGUCGUUCUAUCUUUACGAUCCAAUGGAUUCAUUGUUUAUAUACCAGCAUACGCUCUAAAAGGUCCAGUUUACUUAGAGAACAAGGCUAGAGAGGUGAUCUAUAAAGGAGAACAUGGUCUUGUCUGGCAGAAAGGGAUAGUUACCCUUAGGGAACAUUUUGUAAAGGUUGAUACUAUUGAUGGUACGGAUAUCUACAGAAUUUUUGAUCACGUCACUGUAUCAAUUCAGCUUAAAGGAUCUGAAGCGCAUGGGCAUGAAUUAUCCUAUGUUCUCCUGGACAACAAGGGCUUCAAAACACGGCCUGGGGAGGAGAGAUCGGUCAACUUUCUCAGCGCUGCGCGUGAGAAGAAAUCCUUUGAAGAUUCUGCCUCUGAAGAUGAAAAAGAAGAAGAACUGAAGGAAUCAAAAGUUUUCAGAUUUUUCCAGAACAUGCGAGAUCUUGGAACUAAAACAUUGGAGGAUAACUUAUAAUCAAUGUUAAAGCAAAACUAGAGGUUUUAUCAGGGGGAGGAGACAUCUUGUGCAAAAAGAGCAUUAAGUGUUAUAUGUGUGAAAAGCUAAUAUUUUUAGUUUAGUUCUUAAUUUGGUAUAAGGAAUAAGAAUCUAAGUAAAGAUUGUUUGACAUAUUGACAUGGGCAAUGGACAGGACCUCCCCCCCCCGCUAGUUAGGUCAAUAAUUGUACAAUGUAUUCUAAAUUGUAUUAUUCAGAGUAAGUAUGCCAUUAUUUUGUACAAGAAAAACACUGAGCUGAAAGAAAGGAGAAAAUGAAGUAAAAAUUAAUUUUACAGUUGUUUUUUUACUUGCAAGAUUUGCCUUUUGGGUAGUACAAACUAACCUAAUGUAACUACAAAUAGAUAUUUUUUAAAUUAAAUAUUUCAGAUAAAAUGGAACAGAAUUAUAAAGAAGACAUGAAAAUGGAAGAAGAAUACGAAGUGAUAAAUAAGAUUAAGAAAGAAGAAGAAGGAAACUUUGAAGAAACUGAAAUAAAAGGAGGACUCAUUUAUUGUUUGUGGGUUAGAAGAUGUAAAAAUGUAAAAUCCAGAAUACCCUUCCUUGGAUUAUUCUCUGCAAUCUGAGCAAACCCAGAUCAGGAAACUCGAAGGAGGAAAUUAUUCAUGUGACAUAUGUGGGUACAUCGCAACUGCCAAAUAUAUAAAGAUACAUAUUAGAAGUAAACAUGAAGUUUUGAGAUAUUUCUGUGAUUAAUGUGAAUACACUUCACUUGUGUGAGACAAGAUACCCUGAAAACACUAAUUGAAAGUGUUAAUCAAGGAGUAAGCUAUCCCUGCCAUGAACGUGAGUAUUCUGCAACAACAUGCAGUACUCUAAAUCAACAUAUGAAGGUAAACAUGAAGGAGUCAAGUUUCCCUGUCCUAUAAAUAUGCUGCAACUGAAGCAUCUUGUCCUAGGCUUCAUAUUGAGGCUCAACAUGAAGGAGUGAGAUAUCCAUGCAAUCAAUGUGAAUACACUACUUUAUAUGUGCGUCAACUGAAGAAACAUGUAGAGUGUAAACAAGGAGAAUUAAAAUGUUCAUGCAGCAAGUGUGAUUACGUUGGAAACACUUCCAGAAAACUAGAAAGACGUGUCAAAAGUAAACAUACUAAGGUCUAAUAUCCUUGUAAUAAAUGUGAUUAUGCUGCAACAACAAAAAGUAAUUUAACAAAAUAUAUUGAGAUUAGAUAUGAAGGAGUGAGAUAUCCCUGUAAUUUGUGUGAAUAUGAAUCAUUAGCCACUUUCAAUCAUAAGAGACAUAUCGAGAAUAAGCAUUUUCCAAGAAAAGAUAUUGAUAGUCAAUAAAUAGAAUCUAUGUAAGAAAGUCACCGGAAAAAAAGUUUUGGAAAAAAGCUGGAAAUAAUAACUUAGGUAAAAAAGACAAAAUGUCACUGGAAAUGAAGUUCUGAAUUUUAGAUUCAUGAGACUUUUCCCCCUAAAAUAGUAUGGGGGCUGCCAAUAAAGUCUCAGGAAAAAAGAUCACAGGAAUUAGAAAGUCAUUAAGAAAAUAUAUCCGAAGAAAAAAAACAGGAAAAAAAGUUCUAAGUCUUAUGAAAAUGAGAUCAAGUCUGAGACGUUUUCAUAAAAAGGACUUUUUUCCUAUGCAUCGGCAGUUUGAAUAUAGACAGGGGUGCUUUUAAUAUCCAUGCCCCCUUUUUCCAUUGUUGUAAACAUCCUUUGUUCCCGUGCAUUUUCUACCAUAGUAUUUCUUUUUUUCCGGGGUUAUUUCUGUAUAAAAUCGUACUGGGACCAGAAAAUGAAGUCUCUAAAGGGUGGGACUUAAUUUCCAGGGACUUUUUUUCAAGGACUUAUUUUCUACAGGACUAUUUAGUGCCAAAAUUCAAACGUUAUUUCCGAAAACUUUUUUCAGAGAACUUUUUGGACGUUUAGCAAUAAAUGUGAUCUCGUCAAUAAGAAUUUAUAACUAAGUAUGUAAUGUAAUGUUCGCUGGAAUUAUAUUUAGUUAAUUAAAUUACCUGGCAACCAGUAGUCUAAGUUCCAAUCAUAAACCAUUUUAGAUUUAUUUUGUACUGCACAGAUAUUAAAUAUUAGGAUACAAAGUAUUCAUCUACAUAAAUACUUUUGUCGGUUUGUCUGUUCGAUCUUAUUCAUUAAACUUAAAAACGGAUUAACCGAUCCGUCAACUCCCGUGACCCCAGGGAAUGGUUAUGGAUGGUCACAAUUUUUAAAAAUCACCUAAAAAAUUAGUUUUUUAAAAAUCCAGAAUGAAAAAUCAAUGAAUCUGUGAUUUUUUUUACUUAUUAUUUGAUAGUUUAUGAACAGAAAAUGCCACAGAUCAAGCAAAAAUUAAAAGUUUAAAUCAAAGAUGGACGCGAAGCGCCUUGGAAGCCUUGUAUAUGAAUAAAAGUUUAAAAAGAGAUAUUAAUUAAAUAUUUAUGUUAAUAUUUUAUUAUUUUACACCCCUGCUAAUUCAGUUCAAAGGUUAUUUUAUAAGACCUACAUCAUGAUUAGUGUAUACUGUGUAGUGUGUGUGUACUCUACAACUAGUUUAUAGAGCACAAAUGUCAGUUAUCUACAGAUUUCUCUAUAGCCUUACACUUCAGUUAUUAUAAAUAAAUAAAUAUGUUAGGAAGCUGUUCUUGCUCCAUAUAUAUGGUUUGGAAAUAUUUAUUAUUUUUAGUUUUUUACAGUUUGAAAUCGAAAAAUAAUUUUAAGUUUUACUGAUUUCAAGUGUAAACUUUUUGAAAGUAAUCAGAAAAAAUGGAAUAUGAAGAUAGCUUAGUGAAUUUGAUGUUGUUACAUGCAGAGCAAAUAGUUCUAUUAGACACUUAAUAGAUCAACUGUUUAGUGAAAUGGGCCUGUGUACACUGCACAACUGCUGUGUUUCAUAAUCAUUGAACUUUUAAGUCAUCUUCCUAUUCCAGAGUUUUCUGAGUAUCACUGUAAUCAAAUGGAGCUGUGAACUUCUAAGUAAUUUUGUAAGAAAUACUUUACACUGAGCACUCCCAAAAUGGAGAAGUUUUCUGGUUUUGCACAUUCGUAUUGCUACAGUGAGAUCAAUAAAGCUGGGGAAUAGAAAGACGACUGUUAGACUCCAGAUAUGAUCUUUUAUGGUCCUAUAAACAUGAAACAAGGAAAUUAUGCAAUCUGCUCAGAUCAAAUAAGUUAAUAACCGUAUCAAGUUGAUCAUUAAGCUACAAUUUGGUUGCGUUAUAUAAACAAGAAUUACACACAAAUAUAUUGCAUAAAUGUCGUCUUCCUGUUUAACAGAUUAAAGAUUCUCACUGCAGUUUUAGACUUGUUAAUAGAUAAUCGAGCAACAUCUUUGAAUAGCCUCUUGAUGAAUAAUGUAUAUGUCAGAAUUUAGAAAUUGAUUUAUAAUACCGGUUACCCACAAAGAAUGAGACUUCAAUGACGACUUUAAACACAUCAUUUCUGACAAUUUGAAGGUUGAAUUUGAUAUUUACUGAUUUGACAAGGAUAGAGAAAUGUUUAAACAUACAGUCGUCUUUGAAAUCUCAUAUUUUGUUGGUAACACUGUAUAUAACUGUCAGGAAAUGUUCUUCAGAUGAGAAACGAAAAUUAAAAUUUCAGA